AUGCAAGGUCUCUGGUCCCGAACCGCACGCUUGCCGUCUGCGUCUGCCAGCUGCAAAUGCGUCGCUUGCCUACGGACUACUGCCAGCGAAAUCGCCUCGCGCCCGGCAGCAACGACAGCAAAGGGGCGAGGAUUACGCGUUGGAAAUGCCGUCACGGCUUUAUACUCGAGCAUCUUCGCUGGAGCAGCGAUUGCAGACGCCAAAGCCAAGCGGAAACGUCUUGAUGAAUGGACCGACAAAAUCGCAGCCGUCAAGGAGGAGGUUGACGAGCUUAUUGACGAAGAACGUCGCAUAUUAGAGGUCCUGUCGGCUAGAAAACCGUCACACACGUUACGAUCUCGGUUAUACGAUACCUUUUCUCGCUCCGUGCCAGUUACGUCGGCCAAUUCCUUCCACGGGCGACCACAUCCACGACUCCUGGGACCUCGUGCCGGCCACACUCAGGGAAACCUCGCACAACGCUUUAUAUCUACGAAUACCGGUCUUACAAAUGAUGAUAUCAUAUCCACGGAUGUAUCUCAUGCAGCAGCCGAAGCUAGCGACGUCCAAGAAGCUCUGGGCGAGCACUUGGAAGAAGAACUCGGGGAUGACGACAACGAGGGCGGUGACCUAAAAUAUUCGGAAGACCUUCCAAUAAAACGACCAGAACCGGACUUUACCUGGGAGCAGGAGAGCAUUGUCCGGACCAAGGCCAUCCAAAAACUCGCACUGCAGCAACUCGUGUAUCGACUAAUACUCCGGUCCAGCGUUAUUCAUGAUUAUGGGGGUGAGCCGGUUAACUAUAAUCUGGACGAAUCGAUGGAACAGCCUCCUAAUGUCAUGCUUAUUCGACUUCGAGCGAUACGUCGUCGGCUUUAUUCAUUAAAAUAUCACAGGGCAGCCGACUACGAUGACUUGAUGCAGAACAUAGGGAUCGAAGAGUUUGAUGAGCAACGUCGAGAGCUUCGUGAAAAACACGAUAUACGGAUGAACCGUGAUAUUGAGCAGUACCUGCAGGGGAAAAUGCACAUUCAGGAACUCCUCUUCGCCGUGGCCGAUAAUUUCCUGUCUUGCAGCGAGCCUGAUCGAACUUCAAUCUUUACCGCACUCAUCUUCGCUUUCAGCAAAACGCACCAAAAUGAUCUAGUGGAUACGCUGUUACACUGCUUAAUUCCGAAUAUGUUUCAUAUCAGCACGCCAUUGAUCAUUACCACUCUUGCUCAUUUUCGCAAGACUAAGAACCUAAAGGAUUUUGACCAAUAUCUCCAAAUGCUCCGUGGUCAAGGCGGUUAUACCCCGAACCUGCGAACUCUGUGGAGCGAAAUGACCAUCAAUGGCAUUAGGAUCACAGUACCCCCUUUGAACAGUUACAACCCCGUUAUGAUCACGAGUCUGGUCACGGCAAGCCUUCGAUUCGACCAACCUGAAAAAGCCGCAGCUUAUCUCCAGGUUGCUCGUUCACAAGGUUUCAUGGAUAAUUUCGAUACUCUUUCUGCAUACUUGCGAUUUUACUCUACUCGAAGGGAUUUACAGAAUGGAUUAUCAACCAUCCUAACAGCCCUGCAAUUUUUGACCGCAUCCACAUCCCUCGAAGAAAGGCGUGUUACGAGGCUCAUAUUGUACAUGAUCGACUUCUGCAAUAAUUGUAACCAAGAGGAUCUUGCCGUUACAUUGAUUCAUGCUGCGUUACGAAGUGGCAUCGACUGUAAUGUCGGUUACCGGAAAGGCCGAUUUUUAUCUUCCACUUUUCAGAAAUGGCGGACGGCACAGGAACAUUACAAACUCAGAGACCAGGAACAGCCUCUUCCUGAAAAAUGCGCUGCAUUUGCUUCCAUGACACUGCCGAAGAUUCUGCACAUACGCGAGACAUACCGUGCCAUACCUCCACGAGACUUGAAUGAAUCUUAUUCAAAGGUCAAGUUUAAUAAACGUAAUGAAACACCACAAAAAACACAACGCCAAAGGCAAAACGGGUCAUCCGGUACUCCUGAACCACAAGAGGAAAUGAGCGAUCUUCUGAGGGAGCUGAAACUGGUACAAGCACGCAUCCAAAGGCUCUGUCCGUCGGAUCCUUUGCAGGCCUCACACGGCGAAGACCGCAGAGAGUCUGCCUCAGCUUCGUGA